CCCGCGUCGCAUAAGAAGGAGUGGCCGAGCGAUUGAAGCGAUUGUUGGUUGGGAGAGAACCGGGGACGGGAUGGCUGCGGAAAGCGCCCGCGACUGCGCCGUGGCUUUGUUCAGGUCUUUUGUAUCUGUUGGAGCAUCUCUGGGGUCUGUUACAAGGCAGACCCUAUCUGCUGCCCUUCCGCCUGCAACUCGGCCCUUCCGGGUCUGUAAUCAUACCAGAAGCAGCCGCAGAGGAGUUGUUGCAGGAAGUCUGCAGGAGCUUAUUAGCAAGACAUUAGAUGCCUUAAUGAUUACUGCUGGACUGGUGACAUUGGUUUUAGAGGAAGAUGGCACAGUGGUGGAUACAGAAGACUUUUUCCAAUCUCUGGGAGAUAACGCACACUUCAUGCUUCUAGAGAGAGGUCAGAAAUGGAAGCCAGGGCCCAGCUAUAAUGUCACAACUUUACAGAAUCCAAAGAAAAUGGGAGUAGCAAACAUUACCUUGGAUUUGUACAAGCUGAAUCCGAAGGACUUCAUUGGCUGUCUAAAUAUCAAAGCUACCUUCUAUGAAAUUUACUCUGUGUCCUAUGACAUCAAAUGCAUGGGAGCAAAGAGCAUAUUGCGGAAGAUGCUCCGACUUCUUUCUCACGCUGCACAAAUAACAGGACAGCUUCUUCUCUGCACGGGAACAUAUGUGCUACAAUUAAUGGGUGACUGUGAAGACGAUCUGAUUAAAAAUACAAAUCACUAGGAUGAGCACAAGAGCCUUAAAUAGAAGUUGUCCAGCUGACACGUCAAGUAUUCUUCUUGGAACAUUUUAAAAUAUAUAUGUUAUGUUUAAUUGUCUCAAAUUGAGCUUCACACUUCAUUGAUCAAAAUAUAAACAGCCUUCCUCUCUAGCUUUUUAAGUUUUUAUUUGUAAGAUAAUGAUGUGAGAACUGUAAAUAUGAUCGGAGUCUUUAUAAUGUUGUGGAAGGGAAAAUGUCUUAAGUAGAGAACUUUUGUGCCAUACCUCCAAAAGGAAGUGAUCCAGACGUGGCAUAGAGGCACUCACUGGUGUCUCUCUAGUGACGUGACUCUACUGCCUUCCACAAAAACAUUACUGUUUGACAGCCCUCUGAAUACAUUCUGAAUGGGGAUUGUGUGGAAGCUCAACACUAAGCUACCACUUAAAGUGUUAUCUCUUUCACUAAACUGUAAAUUAAAAAAAAUCAGUUUCGGUA